AUGAGUUUAAGUGUUGUCUCUGUGGAUCAAUUUGUAGGCUUUGCUUUGUCGAUAAUAUCAAUGAAGAUUUCUGGAAAUCCGAUGUUCAAAACACCAAAGGCAAUAUGGAUACUGAGGGGAGUCUAUCUGUGCUCUAAUCUCAUUCAACUUAUGUUUUCACUCUACAUAAUGAAGAAGAUCAAGAGUACAAAUGACAGCCGCAAGGUUAAGAUAAAGAGGGAAGCAACACUUUUCAAAGACAACAACGAAGAGGAGGAGGAGGAAAUGACAUAUGCCAGCUACGACGAAUCUGAGCUCACCAAAUCGAUCAGGACAGCAGUAAUCCAGUUUUUGAUCAUUGCUGUGCUUCACUUCAAAUUGGAGGUUGUUCAGCCAUUAUUUGCACAAUCAUUUGUUCCAUUAAGAAACCUUCUUCUUAGUCCCCUCUAUGCUGCAUAUAUCUGGAAUAGACCUGUUCUGAGGCCAUUUGAGGCAAACAUGCUGUUCCAGAAGGCACCUAAAGAAUCUAUGGCAUCUGAAAAGAAAAGAGUCAAGGAGGACUGA